GCAACUCCCAGUCAUCCUCGAGUAUGCAUCGGGGAAAGGUCCAGCCAGUCAAGGCUGCAUGUCUUGCAUGCCGUGCCUCCAAAACCCGCUGCGAUGGGCAAAAUCCUUGUUCGCCGUGUACUCAGAGGAGUCGCGGCUGUGUCUACAAGCCCAGUCGCCGUGGUGGUCCUCGGUACAAGCCUCACCGUAAAGACCCUCAGGACACAGAUAUGGAUCGUUCGACAUCAUCUCAGCUUUCUCCAGUGUCUAGAAUGGGAAGUGAAAUGCCGCAGAUCGAUGGAACUUCAAAUUUUGCCAACUUGAAUUCCAGCGAACUGUUUGGUCGACGUCUCGCCUCUAUGAAUGCGCUGCUUUCCCCAGCGUCCUUGCAGCCGGACCUCAGUAUGGCCCAUGACUUUUUAUGGGAUCCUCAAACUUCGCAGACUCCCAGUAGCACGGACGGGCCUUUGGUUCGGGUUUACACCUCUGAAAGGGAGAUAAUCAAUGCGUACUAUACUCACCUUCACCACUAUCUGCCCCUGCUGCCGCCCCCUUUGACACCGCCAGAGUAUCACGACCGGCCAAGGCUCAUAAGUCCACCACUGACAGAGACCUUUACUGUCAACCAGUUGAGUCUACCAUACUGGCCAACUACCUCCUUGGGUCUAGCUUUUUCUGCGAUUCUGGCCUUGAUCCCACCCCCUCAAGACUCGGCGCCAUUGCAGGAAUCGAAUAUUACGCUCCGGCGUGCCUUUGCCCAAUUAUACGCUCAGAAUGCCCUGGAAAUGGUCGAGAAAGAGGUUGAUGCCAUGGGGCAAUCUAAUGCUAACCGUGUCCCGACAACGAAUUUGGACGAAGUCCACCCCGACCUACCCGCGCAACUAUACCCCGUCUUGGCUUUAGUGGUGCUGAGCAUAUACGAGUAUUCUCACCGGGGAAAUAUACCUCGCAUGCGUGCCCGCGCGAAUCAGGCUCUUACUAUGGCUAUGGACAUCUCUAUUCACAACCUCGGCCAUAACGCACCGGAGGCGUCUAGGCGAGCAUGGUGGUCUACUGUUGUAAUGUCAUACAUGUCAUCCAUUGCACAGACAACUCUUCCAGUCAUCCCAACUUCUGACCCCAGAAUCACCACUGCAUAUCCAACCAUUAAAGGUGCCUCAGUGGACCCGGAGGAAUCCCAUCCGUGGGCUGCCUUGUCCGAUAUGGAACGACCUGGGGGAGAUAAUCAUCUACAACUAGAGAUAUCCAACCUUGAUUCACAUAUUGUCAGUUUGUCUAUGCAAACGGACUCAUAUAUCGACAUCACGCAGCAAGACAACGUCGAGGACCGCGCUGGGAUGGCACUAGGCGUCAUAGCAAACCUUCUAACGCAUUCAGCACGGAUCAGAUUACACCGUAUUCAGGCCUUCUCAAACGUUCCCCUCUUCGUCGAACAGCACUGCGACAUCGAUGGCCUCAUGGUAAACGGGGAGAUUUCACUGACUCCUAAGUCUCCAACGGGCUCGUCCUCGUCCCCAUUCACCAUCCAGGAAGCGACUAUCGCCUGUCUAAAGUCAUCGCUAGGGGUUGCCCGAGCCUUCAGGAGUCUCUCUGAAGGGCUUUGUCCGUUAAAUAUUCACAAUUCCCCAGCCCAAGUCGAUAAGUCCACAAUACCACCGACGACCGCUGCUAACGAAAUAUCCGGCUCGCUAUCCUACUUCCGCUGCGCGGGGAUGCAAGCCUGCUACUCUCUGUUCAUGAUCCUGCACCAGCUCCAAGCCGCCAUAGCAUCAGAUAGUCUCUCCAGCUGCUAUUAUUUAUUUGGACUGUCAGAGCCCGUGACGGAAUAUCAGGAUGCGCGGAGGCUUAUGGAAGAAGCGCGCCAUGGGAUUGAAUGUAUGCGGGCCUCGUUAAAGACAGAUUCGGGCUUUGAGGCUAUUGCUUCUAUGAGCCGGGAGGUUGAUACUGCGUAUAGCUGUUUCUUUAGUACUUGAAUGAGCUUAACACUUUCUUC